UCCCUUCUCUCCCUCCUGUUUUUUUCCCUCCUUUCUCCUCCGCCCAUCUGCGCCGUUCCCCAGCCCGUGACCCCCCAGCACACCUCGCAAGCCAGCGCCGCCGCCGUGGCCAAUACCACCUCCAGCCACUGGCGUAGCAACCCACCGUCGUGUACCCUAGCCCCCCUGUUUUUCUCUCUCUCUCUUGUUUCUCUCAUCCCUCGGCCUCAGCCCCUGCAGUUCCCGCGCCACCACCAGCCACCUCCGCCACCACGCCUCGCCGCCACCACACCUCUCAUCCUUCUCGGUUUCCCGGUUUCACUCUCCCUCUCUGAGAUUUAUCUCCCCCUUUCAUUCUCUUCUCUGUACCUCUCUCUCGUGAUUAGGGCUCCGCCGCGGCCAUCCUCCACGGCGCGGCCCCGUGUGUCACCAGAAGCUCCUCCGCUCGGUUAAACUGGAUAAUGUUGUCAAUGUUGGUAUAUUUGAUUUGAUCCAGACUGUAUCCGCGCUCGGUGCAUGACCAAAGCUGGAGACAUGAUGUCGGACCUGCCCAGGAAAGGAAUAAAUUCUUAUAAUGAGAAAAUUUCCGUAGGAUAGAGUUUUCGUGCAGUCUGAGUGUUCGACGGUUGGUUCCAGAGACACCUUUUUUUUGUUCUCUCAAAAUGCACUGAAGCAUGUCGUUGAGCUUAAACCAGCUUCGCAAAUCUUCUGUGCUUACAAAUCAUGCUCUUAUGUCUCAAAAGAAUAGUUGUAUGUUGAUUCCAGUGAAUCACAAGUCAAGUGGAGGAAGAAGACCCAAGAAGAAAAUCUAUCACAGGGUUCAUGAACUUGACAAAGUAAUGGAUUUGCAGAAGAAGCCAUCUUUAAUCCUUCAGCUCAAAUCUAUCAUCCAAUCUCAAAAGCACCAUUCGCUCCUUCUCAGAGACCUUGAAAAACAAGUUGGGUUUGUUCAGAAAUGGAAUUUUAUGACUGUCAUUGAGAAGUAUCCGUCAAUAUUCCGCGUUGAUGGCGGUAGCACAACACCACCUUCUGUUAGGCUUACUGCCAAAGCGCAAAAGAUUGCAUAUGACGAAGCUGAAGCCAGAAACAUGAUGGAACCUAUUCUGGUUAAGAAUCUAAGGAAACUGUUAAUGUUAUCAGUUGAUUGUCGGGUACCACUAGAAAAAAUUGAAUUCAUCGAGUCUGAAUUGGGUUUGCCGAGUGACUUCAAGGAGUCUUUGAUUCCAAAAUACCCAGAUAUCUUUUCAGUGAAGGAAGUCAAAGGGAAGGGUUAUCUUCAAUUGGAAAACUGGGAUUCUUUACUGGCAGUCACUGCACGUGAGGAAAGAUUAGCACGCGAAGGGAUUAUGAACUUUGCCGGGGUUCAAAAAAAGGUUAGAAUCUCGAAAGACGGUAACUAUCAAGGCCCAUACGCUUUUAGAUUGAAUUUUCCAGCUGGCUUCAGGCCAAACAUGAGUUAUCUUGCGGAACUUGAGAAGUGGCAGAAAAUGGAAUUUCCUUCUCCGUACUUAAAUGCUAGGAGAUUUGAAGCUAAAGAUCCAAAGGCUCGAAAACGAGUGGUGGCAGUUCUUCAUGAGCUCCUCAGUUUGACCAUGGAGAAAAGGAUGACAUCUGCACAGUUGGAUGCAUUUUAUUCUGAGUAUCUGUUACCGUCUCGAUUAUUGCUUUGCUUGAUAAAGCAUCAUGGUAUGUUUUACAUCACUAAUAAAGGUGCUAGAAGUACUGUUUUUCUCAAAGAAGCUUACGAUGGUUCGAAUUUGAUAGAUAAAUGUCCCUUGUUGUUAUUUUACAAUAAGUUUGUAGCACUCAGUGGUAGAAAAGAUAUGCAUUUGCAUGGCGGGAUGCCUUCUUCGUAGCUACAUUAGGAGUUGAAAUAUUUCUUGUGUACUGAAAAAGAGAUAUGAACGGAAGCUGGCAUCCAUUUUUUUAUAACGUUUUCCUUCUUGAAGAGAAUAUGAUAUGAUUGAGAAA